GUAUCAGUUCUUUAACACACUCAGUCAAUACAGACCUUCAAACAAAAAACAAAAUUUAAAAAUGUUCAAGUUGGUGGUAUUGUCUGCUCUCCUGGCCGUAGCUGCUGCUCGUCCCAGUCUCAUCGAAUCUCAUCCAGUAGUGUACUCGUCGCCCGCCGUUGCCGUGCACGAACCCGUUCUGACUAAAGUGGGUGCAGUGGUGAAGAGCAUCCCUACUGCUGUCUCCCAUCAAAGCCAAUCGAUUGUGCACAGCUCAGCUCAUGUCGUUGAGGAUGUUUUGGCACCCGUUGUGAAGACCAGCUAUGUGGCAGCUCCCGUGGUGAAGACUGUUGCUGCUGCUCCUAUACUGCACUCUGCUGCAGUCCACCACGUUGCUGCUGCUCCACUUCUGCACCAUGCUCCUGUUGCCCAUUACGCUGCUCCUCUGACACAUUUGCAUGCUGCAUCUCCACUCACCUACACCGCCACUGGUUUAUGGUAAAAGAUCUGAGACAUGAACGAAUUUAGUUGGACUGCCUG